AAUAAAACUGAAUUGCCCGGUUCAUGUGGUUAAUAAAUUUUGCUGCUUAAAUACUUUUCCUGAAAACAAACAAACAAAAAACCAAACACAUUCUUGAUUGUGUGCCAAAGAAAAGAACAAUUUCUAGCAGAGGCAGAAGCAGUUUCCCACAUAUUAAAGAGCUUAAAAUUAAUUUCUUAACUAUUACAGAAAGUCCUAAAACUUAACAACCAUCAUCACCUGCAUUUUUCUUAAAGGCUCCACACAUUUUUUCCUAAACCAAGUCACAUUUUAAAAGAACAACACAUUGGGCAAAGUUGCAACGUCCUUCGUACUGUUACACUAAGUGUAAACCUUCUGCUUCCAGAUCCCUACCAUCUCUCCAGUGCCUUGCAGGAACAAUGGCCUGGGCAGGAAACCAGACUUUCAUCUCCCACUUCAUCCUCCUGGGCCUCUUCACCCAGUCGCCAUUACAUCUCUUCCUCUUCUCCAUCAUCAUGAUAAUGUUUCUGGUGGCCCUUUCUGGCAAUGGGCUCAUGAUCCUCCUCAUCAAUGUCGACUCCAGCCUCCACAGCCCCAUGUACUUCUUCCUCAGCUGGCUGUCACUCAUGGACCUCAUGCUCAUCUCCACCAUUGUGCCACGGAUGGCCGCCGACUUUCUGCUUGGCGGUGGCUCCAUCUCCUUUACAGGCUGUGGACUCCAGAUCCUCUUCUUCCUCACCCUCUUGGGGGAUGAAUGCUUCCUGUUGGCCUUCAUGGCCUACGACCGCUACGUGGCCAUCAGCAACCCACUGAGGUACUCAGUGGUUAUGAGUCGCCGAGUCUGCUGGCUCAUGGUGGCGGGAUCCUGGCUCUUUGGACUGGUGGAUGGGCUGAUCCAGGCUGUCUUCACCCUCCGCUUCCCCUACUGCGGUUCCCAGGAGAUAGACCACUUCUUUUGUGAGGUCCCUGCAGUGCUCAAGCUGGCCUGUGCUGACACCUCCCUCUACGAGACCAUGAUCUACGUCUGCUGUGUCCUCAUGCUGCUCCUGCCUUUCUCUGUCAUCUCGGCCUCCUACCUGCGGAUCCUGGUGGCAGUGCUCCGCAUGCGCUCUGUGGAGGGCCGGCAGAAGGCUUUUGCUACCUGCUCCUCCCAUAUGACCGUGGUCUCCCUCUUCUAUGGGGCAGCCAUGAUUACCUACAUGCGACCCCAGGCCUACCACUCCGCCAAGCAGGACAAAGUGGUCUCUGCCUUCUACACCAUGAUCACCCCCAUGCUCAAUCCUCUCAUCUACAGUCUGAGGAACAAGGAAGUGGCCGGGGCUUUGAGGAAACUCCUGGGAAGGUGCCCCUGUGGGCACUAAAUUGAUGUUGCCAUCUGAUGAUGUGGGCUCUGCAGCCAGGUGACCAAUUGUAGUUUGAUUAGAAGAGAAACAGAUGUGACCUACUGAAAAAACAACUUUCUGAUCAGAGUUAAUCAAAUUAACACAUCAAUUUAAUCUAUCAUGCUCACACUGAGUAUGAAAGGCUGGGCCUACCAGGUUACAAAGAGCGGAAGACCGAAGCUACCAGGAGAGUCAGCAGGUAACAGCUGUUUUGUCCUUCUCCAGGAAAUACCCAUGACUGAGGACAGCCACCUUGUCCCAAGUCUUGCCCUUUUCUUUGGGGUCUUUCUGCAUUCCAUUAC